CGCGUUGCGUCAUCAUCACUUCAUCUUAGCUUUGUCACUGUGAGCGGUUUGAGGCAGCUGAAAAGGUACCAGUCUAGAUGCACGCGCUCGCUGUGCUAUUCUACGUCUCACCAUGCUACGACGAUUGUCACGUUCCCCUUCAAUACUUCGUCAUGCCCGAUAUUACUCCCCCCCGCCAAGGUUUCCCUGCGUCGAGGCACAUGCCACACGAGAAUCUCGCCUAGCGUCCGCUGCGCAGUCCUCUUCGGGGCCUGAACCUCCGUACGCCCGCCCCAAUCCCCAAUCAUAUCACACCUUCCACUCCAAAUUGCCCCUUGGGCUAACGUAUCACUCGACCCCCCUUCCCACCUUCGACAUUGCAUAUGAGACCUGGGGCACGCUCUCGGCCACUGGCGACAAUGCAGUUCUCGUGCACACUGGGCUUUCAGCAUCAUCCCAUGCUGCCUCUACGCCAUUGAAUCCCUCAGAAGGAUGGUGGGAGAAGUUCAUUGGGCCUGGAAAACCAUUGGACACGAACAAAUUCUUCGUGAUAUGCACAAACGUGCUGGGCGGGUGCUACGGCUCUACGGGACCAUCAUCAAUCAAUCCAGAUACCGACGCUCCGUACGCCACACACUUUCCGCUUCUUUCGGUAUUCGACAUGGUCCGCGGGCAGUUCCGAUUGCUCGACCAUCUCGGUAUCGAUAAGUUACAUGCCAGUGUGGGCUCCAGUAUGGGUGCGAUGCAGAGUCUUGCGGCAGGGUGGUUGCACCCGGAACGCGUGGGGAAGAUCGUAAGCAUCAGCGGCACUGCCAGGAGCACACCUUCGAGCAUCGCGAUGCGCUUCGCUCAACGAAGUGUCCUCAUGGCUGAUCCUAAUUGGAACAACGGGUUCUACUAUGAUGCUCUUCCUCCACACACAGGAAUGAAACUUGCCCGGCAAAUCGCUACAAUUACUUAUCGAUCUGGUCCGGAAUGGGACGCCCGAUUCGGCAGACAAGUGCGGGACUUGCCAGAACCCACCUCACCUCGAAUGCCGGCACUGUGCCCAGAUUUUCUUAUCGAGACGUAUCUGGACCAUCAGGGCGAACAAUUCUGUCUAAAAUACGACGCUAACUCUCUCAUCUACAUCUCUAAGGCGAUGGAUCUAUUCGACAUGACGGCUCCGGCCUUGGCUGAACUUCAGAUCCAAGAGGCUCGUGGAAGAGUGGCGCUUGAUUUACCCCCGUCAUCUCUGCGACCGCGCACUACAUCUCACUCUAAAUCACAUCCUCCACCAACAAAUCCGCCAUUGCAUCUUCCCGAUUUGGCCGCCGGACUGGCACCCCUGGCCAACACUCCCACAUUAGUGCUCGGUGUUCAAAGUGAUAUCUUGUUCACAGUGGAACAACAACGAGAAGUCGUCGACGCACUCCGUUUAGCAGGUAAUACACAUGUUGUGUACUAUGAACUAGGCGGCGUAUGGGGUCACGAUACAUUUCUUCUAGAUGUGUUGAAUGUGGGUAAUGCGAUCCGGGGAUUCUUGUAAGAGCCUGGUCGGGUGCUUCAUCUGCAUUCUUUAUUCAAGUUUGCAACAUUCCGAAUAGCUCUUAUCUCGGGGUUCGGAGUGCUUCGCAGCAGUUCAAAUCGGUUCAAACCUGUAUUUUUCAUUGUCAAGAAUCUAUAUUGUGCAAUAUACUACUCUUCAAACCUCAG